AUGACCGCUGUGGAUUCUACAGAUAUGCUUCCAUCUGUUAAAGGGCACACUCGUGCCACCAUCGCAACACUCUUCGCAUUCCUACAUGCCCAAGGCCAAUCGGACUAUCUUGGCGAACGAGUGACCCAACUUCAACACUCACUUCAGUGUGCCUACCACGCCACCAAGUCACCGAAAUAUGGGAGUGACCUUGAAGUUAUCGUCGGUGCUCUAUUGCACGACGUUGGCCGUUUUAUUCCAGUUGCGGAGAAAAUGGGCAAGUUGUACGCCCCAGAUGGACGGUAUAUUGGGCGUAAAAGCCAUGAAGUCCUCGGUGAGUCGUACCUGCGCCAGAUUGGUUUCAGCGAACGAGUCUGUCAGUUGGUAGGCGGUCAUGUCAUGGCCAAAAGAUACUUGGUUGCGACGGACAAGACCUACCAUGACGGCCUCAGUGAAACUAGUAAGCGUACAUUGCAUAUUCAGGGUGGAGGGUUCACGCCUGAACAAGUCCUUGAAGCUCAAAAGGACCCAUGGCUUGAGGAAAAACUAGCCGUACGGCGAUGGGAUGACCUGGCAAAGGACCCAAAGAAUAUAGUUCCCGGUCUCGAGGCCUACGAAGAGCUGGUUUAUCAGUGCUUACUUGAAUAUCGUGUUCCAACCCGGCCAACUGUCGUGGUGUGUAUUGACGGAUUUGAUCCAGAAUACCUGGAAGAGGGCUUCGACGAAGGCUUUUUGCCAACUUUGAAGAAGUUCGCUGAGAGUGGCUUCCACACUACAGCUAAAAGCUGUAUGCCCUCGUUCACCAACCCCAACAAUGUGUCCAUUAUUACUGGUGCUCCACCGGCGGCUCAUGGAAUUGCGGGCAACUUCUUUCUUGACCGGGAAACCGGCGAGAAGGAAAUGAUCACUGAUGAUUCGUUGCUCCGAGGGUCCACAUUAUUGGAGCAGAUGUUCCAAAGGGGUGUCAGGGUCGCUGCUAUUACUGCCAAAGACAAAUUGCGCAAGAUCAUCGGCAAUGGGCUGAAAGGUGCUAUUUGUUUUUCUGCUGAGAGAUCCGAAGAUUGCAGUCUCGAGGAGAAUGGUAUCGAAGACGUGGAAAAGUGGCUUGGGCAACCCGCCCCAAGCCAGUACUCAGGCGAGCUGUCUUUAUUUGUUCUGGAUGCGGGGAUUAAGCUACUCCAAGAAAAGAAGUCCGAUUUCUUAUACUUGACGCUUUCUGACUUUAUUCAACACAAGCAUGCGCCCGGAGAUAAAGAAGCUAGUGAUUUUAUGAAGGCAAUUGACGAUCGGCUAGAAAAGCUUUCUGCAUUGGCACCAGCGAUCGGGGUCACAGGCGAUCACGGUAUGAGCAAAAAAUCAAACGCAGCAGGAGAACCAAAUGUUCUAUUUCUAGAGCAAAUGAUUAAUGCUCAACUUGGUGUCAAUGCCUGCAGGGUGAUCUGCCCAAUCACUGAUCCCUUUGUUCGUCACCAUGGGGCCUUAGGUUCCUUUGUGCGUGUAUACCUGAAAGAUAUCGGUCAACUCGAGCCUGUGUUGGCAUUUUGCAGCUCAAUUCCUGAAGUCGAAGAAGUUCUGAGUGGAGAAGUUGCCGCUAGCAAGUAUGAGAUGCCUGCUGACCGAGAAGGAGAUAUAGUCGUAAUCUCAAAGUCGCAUGCAGUGAUCGGAAGCAAGGCAUCGGAUCAUGACCUGUCCAGCGUGAGGGAUCACCCACUCCGCUCCCAUGGAGGAUUAAGCGAGCAAGAUAUUCCACUGAUUACUUCGACCCCUCUCAAGAAAUUAAAGGGAGGCAGGCAAUGGAGGAACUACGACAUAUUCGAUCUGGUCUUGAAUUUGUCGUGA